AUGCCCGAGACGGUGCGGAAGGGCAAGAGCACGGGCGACCGAAUGAUAGCCAAGCCACUGAUGAUAUCCCUAUGCUGGACCAACCUCUUCGAGACACAAGGCCGGCACAUCAACGCCGCAAUCACCGAAAUGUCGCGAACCAGGCCAGUCAAGGUCACCUUUGGCAACCGCCGACGGGCAGGCCUGAGAGCGCUGGCAUCGCGGAAAGUCCCCAGCAUUGCCAGGCCUCGGAUGCUGCUUAUACCUCGUCGCCAGGUCUCCAUCGUGCCCGGCACGACAUGCUCGCUUUUGACCCUGAACGGCGCGUACUAUUCGUUCAACGGUGUCACUUCCGGCACGGGCAAGCGACCUGUCCUGACUCAGCCCUUCCUCCCUUACCCACCGGCAUUGGCAGCGCCAGCUAGAUCAAGCCAACCAGGCUCUGGCUGGGCAGCAAGCUCCGUCUCAGUCGGGUUCUGUCAAUGA